GGGAGCGGCAGAGCUUUUGGGGGAAGGCGGCUGGGAGGGUCGGGAUGCUUUGGGAAACCCCUGGCCGGCACCGAAACGCUGGAGAGCACCCCUGGGUGUCCCUGGAAGUGGGUGAGGGAGGGGAGGUCUGUUGCUUAGAGGAGGGGCAGUAUCAGACACCAGGAAGAGUUAAAUGUUGCACCCCAGAGUUGUUGUUUUCCAGUACUUAAAAAAAACCACGACUCCAGAUUUAAAGUUCCCCAUGAGAUGCAAAAUGAUCCUCGUCUUCACAUACCCUGUGAAAAGUCUGGUGUUCAGUUUGCUGGAGAAUCUGCCAUCUUUUGCAUCUGCUUCUCAGCUAAAAAGGGAUUUUGGUUUUUGGAGGGAGGUUUCUUAUAAAUGGGUUUUUGGAGAAAGCCCCUUGGAUUUAUUCCAGCUUCUUGGAGUCUGGUGGUACUGAUCUGCAAACCCAAAGACUCUGUUUCGCUCUGUUGUGUUGGAAUUUCCGGAGCUGUGCUGCAGGGGUACCUUAGGAGUACUGCAGGUGGAAGUAACUGCAGGCUGAACUUAAUGUGGGAAGCUGGAGCAAGUAUAGGUAGCAUCUUUGCUGGCUAGACAGCUAGCUAAGCCUGGUGGGGGUUUUAUUUUGCAGAAGUGUUUCCGGAAAGCUGUAGAUUCACCCUCAAGUGGCUGACCAAAUGUCUAUGGGAAAUUUACAAGCACUCCCCGCACUUCUGAGUCCUAGCAAUUCAGAAGCAUACUGCGCCCAUCUCUGGAAGUAGAGCAUCGCCAACGAGGCUAGUAGCUAUUGAUGGCCUUCUCCAUAAAUGUUUGCAAUCCUCUCUACGUGUUUGGUUUGGAAACAAGCCUCACAUACAUAAAUGAUGUUUCCAACAGAGGCAGAAAGAAAAUAAUGGCUGGUAAUGACGACCUCUUAAAGAAUCUGCAGAACAACUUGCAAGAGCUGAACAACCUCCGCUCUAGGUAUUACAUAUCCGCAAAACGUACCUUGUCUGCAGGGGCCAAGGCACUGCUUCGUGACCAGCAACAACUGCCAAGGGAGAAUAUGAACAUCCAGCCGUUUGCUCCUAGAAAGAGCAUCCGCCACCGUAACCCCUACUGGCCUGAUGAAGAAAUCCGGACCUUCAUUGAGAUCUGGGGCGACGACCAAGUCCAAGCCUCACUGGCCACCAAUUUUCGCAAUGAGGCUCAGUAUGAGUGGAUCUCUGAUCGGAUGCGGGAAUACGGCUAUGACAGGGAUAUGAAGCAGUGCCGUUUGCGUGCCAAAGAGCUUCGGCGAGGAUACAAGGCCAUUGUUUGUGGAAACAACUCCUCUGUGAGUGGCCAACGUGCCCUGCCGUUCUAUGAUUCCUUGAAUAGUUUCCUGUGCAUGCACAAAGGCCUGGUGGUGUCCAAAGUCUCCCUCUCCAUAGAUCGGAGGAAUCGAGAGGCACAAAAGCUGGGGCUGGAGCAGGAGAAAAAUGAAAAACUAAGCGUCGUCCUCGUUUCCGACGACGACGAAGCCUCCAUCCCAGAGCCUGCGGAUGACUCAAAUGGCUAUUUUCAAGACCCGCGGAUGGAUUCCGACCCUGUGAAUGCCCAGUCUCCAGGUGAUGAAUGGGAGCAGCACGGAGAAGACGACAUCCUGGCAGGUGAUGAGGCUUUGCCCCAUUUCCCCAGUGCUAGAGGAGAGAGCCAUUCGGCUGUCAAUUCAGGCCCAUCCAGCUCCUUCCCCAGGGGGCCCCUGGCCGACACUGACAGAGUGAGCAACCACUGGAGCAGGAAACAGAGGAAGCAACCUGACACUGCCUCGGACCUCGUGGACGCCAUAUCGCAAGUGGGCGACAGGCUAGUGUGUGCCCUAUCCGAUUUGCACUCGAGGCACAGGGAGACGUCUGAGCUUACGCAGGCCAGGGAGAGCAAUGCCCGCAAGGAGGAGCUGACCAUCCUCGCAAGCCACGUGGGCCAGGCCACCAAAAACAUGGACAAACUCAUCACUCUUAUGGAGACGUCGACCAGGCGGAUCGCAGAUGCCAUGGACAGGCAAACAGCUGCCUUGGAGAACCUGGCACGGUUGUUUGCCUCCAGGGCGCCAUCUCUUCCAGUGCCCUCCACAUCCCAAGGGCAGCCUCCGCAUUUCUCCCCAAGCACCUCUGUACUGCUUCCAUCAUCAUCAUCACCGCCACCGCUGGUGCUGCACAGUGCUCCAAACGCUUUGGGGGCCCACCACGCCAGUGCUCCCAAAGCUCCAGAAUCACCAGCUCCCAGCGAAGCUGAGGAAUGCCAGCCAGAGAAAAAGAAAAUAAAAACAGAAGGCAACUAGUGGAAUCUCAUCAUUUGACAAUCCCUCAAACAUGCUUCUUUGCUCUCAUUGGGUAGACACUCAUGCUUAAAAAAAAAACUCCUUUGAGGGGGAAAGUCAGGAUGGCGGAAGCUGUAACAAAUCUCUCUUUUUUUUAAUGUAGCCAGAAUUUCAGUUUGAAGGUAUGUUUGCGUAGAAGAGGGAAGGGUGAGUUUUGCCUAGGAUGACAAAACUGUAGAGUUCACUGGCAUUCCACUGUUCUGUCCCUUGCUUCAUAUUCUGUUGCUUCGUUAUGCAAUUCGGACUGCAGUCCUGUGCACAGUUGCUAGGAAGUAAAGCCCCACUGAACUGUGUAAGGGUGGUUCAGAUCUAGGCUUAGGCCACAGAGAAGGUUGGUUCAAAAUCUCUGCUCAGCCCUGAAGUUGGUUGGUGGCCUUUGUCAGCUGCUGUUUUUCCUCUCUCCAAAUGGGUAAUACAAAUCUGCACUGCUUGGUGGUUUUGAAGAUGAGCAAUUUAAAGACUGUGAAUCAUUGUGCACAGUGAAACCGAUAUAAAUGAGUAGAGAACAUUC